AUGACCAGAGUUCUUCUUACCGGAGGCAGUGGCUUCAUUGCUACGCAUAUUCUGAAGCUUCUUCUUGAACGCGGACACUCUGUGGUCACAAGCGUCCGCAACCAAGCCAAAGCAGACGCUAUCAAGCAGUCAUAUCCUGAAAUCGGAGCCGACAAAUUGUCCUUCGUCAUUGUUCCCGAUGUGGCUAAGAGCGAUGCAUUCACCGAUGCCGUCAAAUCUGACCCACCAUUUGAGGCGGUCAUUCAUACUGCAAGUCCCUUUCACUUCAACGUGACUGACAUCAAGGCGGACCUCCUUGAUCCCGCUAUCAACGGAACAACCGGUAUCCUCCAAGCUAUCAAAAAAAAAUGCCUCGGGCUAUGGCCCGGUCACACUUAUGACGAGAGUGACUGGAGCCCCAUCACGAUGGAACAGGCGUUGCAGAGCGCUGGCGCUGGUUACUCUGCAAGCAAGAAGUUUGCUGAAAAGGCAGCUUGGGACUUCCUCGAGGCCGAGUCUCCUGCGUUUUCCAUUUCCACAAUCUUACCACCCCUCGUCUUUGGUCCUGCUGUGCAGAGCCUGGCUUCCCUUGAUGCCCUCAACACCUCAAACCAAUUUAUCCGCAGCUUCAUUCUUGGCGCGGCGAAAAAGGAAAUUCCUCCCACUCAGAACCCCAUCUUCGCCGAUGUACGAGAUGUGGCAUUUGCUCAUGUAGCGGCCAUGGAGAAGAAGGAAGCUGGCAACAAACGCUUCUUUAUCACGAACGGCUACUGCUCAAACCGUGAGAUUAUUGAAAUCAUCCGAAAGCGCUUCCCGGAAUACAAGUCAGCUUUGCCUUCCAAAUGCACUAAGGGCGGUGAACUGCCCAAGGAGGUUUACCAAACGAACACCACACGCAGCGUCGAGAUUCUGGGCAUGAAGUACGCGGAUUUCGAACAUUGUGUUAUUGACACCAUUAGAUCUUUUGCCUCCGUCAAGCAGUAG